UCAUAGUGAAGUACAAUAUAAUUAUGUUGAGAAUAAAAUAACAGUUACUCGAUCACAUAUGAACAUGAUGUACACACCUUAAAUAGCUCAGGGUUUGUCGGCCAAUGGUGUACUUAUAAUUUCUUCCUCUUAUUGUAACUUUGAUUUAACAUUUGAAAGGAAAGGAUACCAUUUCAAAGAAAGGACGUUUAGAAAUAUUUUAGACUGUAAAAGUAAGCGACUCACUUCAUCAAGUUAAAGAUGACUGCCACCACAGAGGAAGAAAAACAACUGAUAGAAAAAUGUUCUGAAAAAUUACAGACAUGCGAAGAUGCUCUGGAGAUGUUGAGAUUAAAAUGUUUGGAAAGAGGUGCUAAAGGUAUCAGAGGGCUUGCCAGGGCUUUUCGAAUUAUGGAUGAUGACAGGAAUAGAUCUCUUAGUUUUGAAGAGUUCAGGAAAGGUAUAACCGACUAUGGCUUGCAAAUGGAGGAAGAUGUUACAAAAAAGCUGUUUGAACAACUAGACAAGGAUAAAAAUGGUUCACUGGACUUCGAAGAAUUUCUCCAAGCUCUUCGGGCUGUCUCAAGUGCUAGACAUGAUGUCAUUAACAAGGCAUUUGCAGUUGCCGAUAUAAAUAAUGAUGGAGUGAUUGAUUCAAAAGAUCUAAGUGCGGUGUUUAAUGCAAAGGAACAUCCGAAAUGUAAGAGCGGCGAAUGGGAUGAGUCACAAGUGUACAAGGCAUUUCUGGAUCAAUUUGACAUGAAUGAUGACGGAACGAUUACAAAAGAAGAGUUCUUCAAUUACUAUGCAGGAGUGAGUGCUUCAAUCGAUACUGAUGCUUACUUUGAACUGAUGAUGAAGAAUGCUUGGAAAAUGACAUAACUCAUGCACAACAUUUUGCAUCAACUAUGGAUCUAUGUUACAUAUAUUCUAUACAGGACAUUUAUUUAUUUUAAAGGCAUAUAUAUUCAACUAUUAAAACUGUACCAAACCUACAGUACUCUGGGAAAUAUAUUCCUGUCAACUGACUGUCCUGCAGUAUUUCAAGUAGUUUAAGUAGCUAUUUUAAAGAGUUAAUUUCUGUUAUAUUGUAUGCAAUUCUGUUGACUAUUGUUAGAUUUAAUAACAAUCUACACAACCAAGUCCAGAGAAAAAUGACUAAUUCUACUGGCAAUUUUCUUUUUUGAUGAAUUUAGUAGCAUUUGUAAAACAGACAAUCUUAUUCAUAGUUACAUUUUAUUUUAAUAGCAAUAUUAAUUACAUCAGUAUUCCAUAGAACAUAAAUAUCCUAAUAAACAUGUUUAGUUCAUUCUCAUAUUUCAAUUUAUUAACAAAACAUUUUCAAAUACCUAAAACAAAAAGUGAAUUAUUGGAGGUUACAAUUUAAAUACUUGUAUGUACACAUGCAAUAAAUUCCUAUACAAUAUAGUGUCUGCUAAAAUGUGUUCUGAAAAAGUUUAUCUAGUUUCUAGCUUUGCAUUAAGCUAAAAAGUUUAGAAUUUUACAUAUUGGUUCUACAACAACAUAUAUCAUUUAAUACUGAACACAUACAACUUGAUUGUGUGAAAAUUGAAAUGUUAAAAGAUUCCACACACUGACAAUUACUGAUAUAAUGAAUGAAAUCUUAUGCUAUGGAUACAUGUACAUACAUGAAAUUGACAACUUCUGUAAUGUGCUAUACGUAACAACCAAGUAGUCCUCAAUCCUUGUUCAGUAACCUGUUUUAAAUAAGUGACAUAAUAAGUUUUCAUUACCAUUUCUCUAUGUAAAUAAUUAGACCUAUUUAAAAACAAAGCAUACAAAAAAUUCAAAUAAAUCGGUUAAAAAACCCUUUAUAAUCAUUUUUACAAUAAGACAGCCCAAUGCAAAUCAAAUGUAUAAAUUACAUACCAUCUUGUCUGUAGUACAUACCAUUUCAUUACUGGUAUGGAAAAUCAAUAACAAACAUAAAUGAAUGAAGCAUUUUGAACAAAAUUGCAAAAUGAUUAAAUACACCAUAACAGCAAUCAGUAAAUGUCUUGCCAGGCAAUAGUUUUGGUGACUGACUGACAAGCCAAUAAUUUUUUUAUGUAUGUGUUUUAUUACAUGUCAUCAUAAAUAAAUUUUCAUAAAG